AUGGCUAUUCACCUCACUCGACUCAUCCUGCGCAAGCGCGGCCGCAAGAAUGCAGAGGAUGAUUUUCCGACGCAGCAGUUGUUCGUCUUGGCACUAUGCCGCAUCUGUGAGCCAAUCGCCUUCAUGUCGAUAUUUCCAUACGCCUACCGCAUGAUUGAAUCCUUCCACAUCACUCAGGACGAAACCCGGAUCUCGGUGUACGCAGGCAUGCUCAUCACCGCCUUUGCCUUUGCCGAAUUCUCCACUGGUAUGGUCUGGGGCCGCAUCAGCGACCGUGUCGGCCGGAAGCCAGUCCUGAUCAUGGGGCUGGUCGGUACCGCCUUGAGUAUGAUCUUAUUUGGCUUUGCGCGCACGCUGCCGGCGGCCAUCCUGGCCCGAGCGCUGGGCGGUCUCCUCAAUGGCAACGUGGGCGUCCUUCAAACCACGGUCGGGGAGCUCGUCACCAAGAAGGAGCAUCAGCCUCGAGCAUAUUCCAUCAUGCCCUUUGUCUGGAGCAUGGGCUCCAUCAUUGGACCGGCCAUGGGCGGCGCCCUGGCCAUGCCGUGUGAUUCCUAUCCGUCCGUCUUUCCACGAGGCGGCUUGUUUGACACGUAUCCCUUCUUGCUGCCCAAUCUAUUCUGUGUUUUCAUCCUGAUCCUCGGGAUCACCAACGGCAUCCUGUUUCUGGAGGAGACCCACGUCGAGAAGCAAGGUCGGCGUGACUUGGGACUGGAACUGGGACAGUUUUUAUUGAAGAAACUUUCCUGGGAGACGGAUCCGCGACCGUCCCGGCUGACUGAUGGGGACGAAAAUGACGUUCUGGCCGACCUCGACCCCCCGCCAGGCUAUCGGAGCACGGAUAGCUCGCCGAUUUUGCGGUCUACCACCACAGAAGCCUUGGAUGCAGAUUUGGCAGGCUUACAAGAGAAAGAGAGGCGAGGGAUGUUUCAGACCUUUAACCGGCCUGUGGUUCUAAUCAUUGUUGCCUAUGCCAUACUUGCCUACCACAGCGUCUCCUUCGACGCCUUGAUGCCCACAUUCCUCAGUGAGGAACCGUUGCAGACCGAGGUCGUCCUCCCGUUCAAGUUCUCAGGAGGCUUCGGUUUGUCAACCCAAACGAUCGGGUUCAUGAUGGCGGUCCAGGGAUUCUAUUCCAUGUUUGCCCAAAUCGGUCUCUUCCCGUUCGUGGUUCGCCGAUUAGGAAACCUCCGGACCGCGCGAAUCGUGUUGACGGUCUGGCCCGUCCUCUAUUUUGCGGUGCCGUAUAUUUCCCUCCUUCCCACACACCUGCAGAAGGCCGGCAUCUACCUGUCUCUCGUUAUCAAAACCACGUUCCAAGCGAUUGCGUUCCCCUCCAAUGCCAUUCUGCUCGUCAACGCGGUGCAUUCCAAGUCCGUCCUGGGCACCGUCAACGGAGCUGCCUCUUCAGCCGCGUGUUUGGCGCGUGCCCUUGGCCCCAUUGUCACGGGGUCUAUACAUUCAGCUGGUCUGAAACUGGGAUAUAGCGGCCUCGCUUGGUGGGCGGGAGGUCUGGUCUGUCUGUUUGGAGCUCUGGAAAGCUAUUGGAUCCAAGAAUCCGAUGGCCACCUACCCGGAACUUCUCAGGAAGAGGAAGCGAGCUCUUGCGAACCGCUCUUGCAUUCGGUCGCACUCGAACCAACGGACGAUGGUGUGCUGCGACCGAGCAGACCGAGUGUUAUGGACGAGCUGGAUCUUACGAAACCCUGCAAGCAUGAAAUGGCGGUGGAAGGAAAGCAAUAA